AUGGAAGCCUCACGCGGCCCACCGCGGGUCAAGAACAAGGCCGCCGCGCCGGUGCAGAUCUCCGCGGAGCAGCUGCUCCGCGAGGCGGUCGACCGGCAGGAGCCGGCGCUGCAGGCGCCGACGCAGCGGUUCGCGGACCUGGAGGAGCUGCACGAGUACCAAGGGCGCAAGCGCAAGGAGUUCGAGGACUAUGUGCGGCGCAACCGGAUCAACAUGAACAACUGGAUGCGGUACGCGGCGUGGGAGCUUGAGCAGAAGGAGUUCCGGCGGGCGCGGUCGAUCUUCGAGCGGGCGCUGGACGUGCAGCCGACCUCGGUGGUGCUCUGGAUCCGGUACAUCGAAUCCGAAAUGCGCAACCGCAACAUCAACCACGCGCGCAACCUGCUGGACCGCGCCGUCACCAUCCUGCCCCGCGUCGACAAGCUGUGGUACAAGUAUGUCUACAUGGAGGAGACCCUGGGCAACAUCCCCGGCACCCGGCAGGUGUUCGAGCGCUGGAUGUCGUGGGAGCCCGAGGAGGGCGCCUGGAGUGCCUACAUCAAGCUGGAGAAGCGGUACAACGAGUUCGAGCGCGCGCGGGCCAUCUUCCAGCGCUUCACGAUCGUGCACCCGGAGCCCCGCAACUGGAUCAAGUGGGCGCGGUUUGAGGAGGAGUACGGGACGAGUGAUCUGGUCCGCGAGGUGUACGGGAUCGCCAUCGAGACGCUCGGGGAGGAUUUCAUGGAUGAGAAGCUGUUCAUCGCCUACGCCAAGUUCGAGGCCAAGCUGAAGGAGUAUGAGCGCGCCCGGGCGAUCUACAAGUACGCGCUGGACCGGCUGCCGAGGUCCAAGUCGAUGGCGCUGCACAAGGCGUACACGACGUUCGAGAAGCAGUUCGGCGACCGCGAGGGCGUGGAGGAUGUCAUUCUGUCGAAACGCAGGGUGCAGUACGAGGAGCAGCUGAAGGAGAACGCGCGCAACUACGACGUAUGGUUCGACUUUGCGCGGCUGGAGGAGACGUCGGGCGACCCAGACCGGGUGCGCGACAUCUACGAGCGCGCCAUCGCGCAGAUCCCCCCCUCGCAGGAGAAGCGGCACUGGCGGCGGUAUAUCUACCUGUGGAUCUUCUACGCGAUCUGGGAGGAGAUGGAGGCCAAGGACGCCGGGCGGGCGCGGCAGAUCUACAACGAGUGUCUGAAGCUCAUCCCCCACAAGCGGUUCACCUUCGCCAAGAUCUGGCUCCUGAAGGCGCAGUUCGAGAUCCGCCAGAUGGACCUGCCGGCCGCCCGCAAGGCGCUGGGCCAGGCGCUGGGCAUGUGCCCCAAGGACAAGCUGUUCCGAGGCUACAUCGACCUGGAGCGGCAGCUGUUCGAGUUCGUGCGGUGCCGGACGCUGUUCGAGAAGCAGAUCGAGUGGAACCCGUCCAACAGCCAGUCUUGGAUCAAGUACGCCGAGCUGGAGCGCGGGCUGGACGACACGGAGCGCGCGCGCGCCAUCUACGAGCUGGGCAUCGACCAACCGACCCUGGACAUGCCGGAGCUGGUGUGGAAGUCCUACAUCGACUUUGAGGAGUACGAGGGCGAGUACGACCGCGUGCGCUCCCUCUACGAACGUCUGCUGGAGAAGACCGACCACGUCAAGGUGUGGAUCAACUACGCCCGGUUCGAGAUCAACGUGCCGGACGAGGAGGAGGAAGAAGAAGAAGACGAGGAGGAGGAGCGGCCCGUCAGCGACGAGGCCAAGCGGCGUGCCCGGGCGAUCUUCACCCGCGCACACAAGGUGUUCAAGGACAAGGAACUCAAAGAAGAGCGCGUGGAACUCCUCAACGCCUGGCGCUCGUUCGAGCACACGCACGGCUCCCCCGAGGACAUCGACAAGAUCGAGAAACAGAUGCCCCGCCGCGUCAAGAAGCGGCGCAAGCUCGACGACGACCGCUACGAGGAAUACAUGGACUACGUCUUCCCCGCGGACGACCAGUCGGCCGCCAACCUGUCCAAGCUGUUGCAGAAAGCGCACCAAUGGAAGCAGCAACAGGCCGGGGGUGCGUAG